AUGGAAAUUACGACUUUUAACACACCGGCACGAAUUGGAAGCUGGUCAUCGACUGUUUCUCCACCACUACAAGUGUUUGGAUCUUCCAAAUGGCAAUUACCUUCAACAAGAAGAGGUGUGGUUGUAGCUGAUCUUCGAAACUCAAACUUCCGAUGGAGGAAAGUAACAACAAGCAGAGCAAAUGUUGCAGCAGAGGCGGUUAGAGUUCCUACGUCUGUACCGGUAAGAGUAGCUCACGAGCUAGCUCAAGCGGGAUAUCGGUAUCUCGACGUGAGGACACCAGACGAAUUCAGUAUCCGGCAUCCGUCUAGUGCCAUCAACGUUCCUUACAUGUACAGAGUCGGAUCAGGGAUGGUCAAGAACCCGAGUUUUCUAAGGCAGGUCUCGUCCCACUUCAGAAAACACGACGAAUUCAUCAUCGGUUGCGAGAGCGGGCAAAUGUCUUUCAUGGCUUCAACUGAUCUUCUCACUGCUGGCUUCACUGGGGUCACAGACAUUGCUGGAGGGUUCGUCGCGUGGACAGAGAAUGAGCUACCAGUAGAAGAGUGA